AUGGCUGGACCAUCUAGAAACACAGUCUUCUGGUCGCUCUUCGUCUGGGCACUCGUGCUCGUCGUCGCCCCGUUCGCCCUCCAGGGUGUGAGCGCUGACGACACCGAUUCCUAUGGCACCGUCAUCGGCAUCGAUCUCGGAACUACAUACUCCUGCGUCGGCGUCAUGAAGGGCGGUCGCGUCGAGAUCCUCGCAAACGACCAGGGCAACCGUAUUACUCCUUCCUACGUCGCCUUCACCGCCGAAGAGCGUCUCGUUGGUGACGCCGCUAAGAACCAGGCCGCCGCCAACCCCACAAACACAAUCUUCGAUAUCAAGCGCCUCAUCGGCCGCAACUUCAACGACAAGGACGUCCAGGCUGAUAUCAAGACCUUCCCCUUCCCCGUCAAGAACAAGGACUCCAAGCCCGUCGUCCAGGUCAAGGUCGGCGACGAGGAGAAGACCUUCACUCCCGAAGAAAUCUCCGGCAUGAUCCUCGGAAAGAUGAAGGAGAUUGCCGAGUCCUACCUCGGAAAGAAGGUCACCCACGCCGUCGUCACCGUCCCCGCCUACUUCAACGACGCCCAGCGCCAGGCUACCAAGGACGCCGGCACCAUCUCCGGUCUCAACGUCCUCCGUAUCGUCAACGAGCCCACCGCCGCCGCUAUCGCCUACGGUCUCAACAAGGGCGACGGCGAGCGCCAGAUCAUCGUCUACGAUCUCGGUGGAGGUACCUUCGAUGUCUCCCUUCUCUCGAUCGAGUCUGGUGUCUUUGAGGUCAUGGCCACCGCCGGUGACACCCAUCUCGGUGGUGAGGAUUUCGACAACCGCGUCAUCAAGUACUUCACCAAGCUCUACAACAAGAAGCACAACGUCGACAUCACCGACAACCUCAAGACUCUCGGUAAGCUCAAGCGCGAGGUCGAGAAGGCCAAGCGCACUCUUUCCUCGCAGAUGUCGACCCGCAUCGAGAUCGAGGCUUUCUACGACGGCGAGGACUUUUCCGAGACCCUGACCCGCGCCAAGUUCGAGGAGCUCAACUACGACCUCUUCAAGAAGACCCUCAAGCCUGUCGAGCAGGUUCUCAAGGACGCCGGCUUGAAGAAGACCGAGAUCGACGACAUCGUCCUCGUCGGUGGAUCGACCCGUAUCCCCAAGGUCCAGCAGCUUCUCGAGGAGUACUUUGACGGCAAGAAGGCGUCCAAGGGUAUCAACCCCGACGAGGCCGUUGCCUACGGUGCUGCCGUCCAGGGUGGUAUUCUCUCUGGCGAGGAAGGUGUCGAGGACAUUGUCUUGCUCGACGUCAACCCGCUCACGCUCGGAAUCGAGACCACCGGCGGCGUCAUGACCAAGCUCAUCCCGCGCAACACCGCCAUCCCGACCCGCAAGUCGCAGAUCUUCUCGACCGCGGCCGACAACCAGCCCACUGUCUUGAUCCAGGUCUACGAGGGUGAGCGUACCAUGUGCAAGGACAACAACCGUCUCGGCAAGUUCGAGCUCAACGGCAUCCCGCCUGCUCCCCGCGGCGUUCCCCAGAUCGAAGUCACUUUCGAGCUCGACGCCAACGGAAUCCUCAAGGUCUCUGCGACCGACAAGGGAACCGGCAAGUCCGAGUCCAUCACCAUCACCAACGACAAGGGCCGUUUGACGCAGGAGGAGAUCGACCGUAUGGUCGAGGAGGCCGAGAUGUACGCCGAGCAGGACGCCGAGCUUCGUCAAAAGAUCGAGGCCCGCAACACGCUCGAGAACUACGCGGCCUCGCUGCGCAACCAGGUCAACGACGAGUCCGAGACCGGUCUCGGCUCGAAGAUCGACGAGGCCGACAAGGAAACCAUCAUGGAUGCCGUCAAGGAGGUCCUCGACUGGAUCGACGACAACGCGGCUACCGCCACCAAGGAGGAGUACGACGAGCAGCGCGACAAGCUGAGUCAAGUCGCGUACCCGAUCACUCAGAAGCUCUACGGUGACGCUGGCGCUCCUGGUGGUUUUGAUGAGGACGACUUUGAGAUGCCUGAUCAUGACGAGUUGUAA